AUGGCGGACGAGGACGGUGAGGGUGUUGACGAAGUGGUCGUAGAGGUUGCUGUCGCGGAAGUUACCGAAAUGUCAGAUGACUCGCUUGAUGGAAUCGACAUAGAGGUUGAUGUGGAUGAGUCGCUGGACAAUGAAGAGCUUGAGGUGGUGCUGGUGGUCGUUUCGCUAGUAGAUGUCGAGAAUUCAGCUGGAGUAGAAGAAGAAGCGCCGAUGGAGAUGGAAGUCGACGGGCUUGAAGCGGUGCCGGCUAUCGGUUCGCUGGUCGAUGUAGAAAGUAGAGUCGAACUAGAGGACGAAGCGCUGCUGGAGCUGGAGCUGGACGAGCUGGAAGCCGAAGACCUAGCAGAAGACACAACAGUAUCGCACUUUCCGAAUCCAGCCUGGCAACCCGUUCCACAGUAUGCGCUUCCGCUACCGCAGUACGAGUACUGCGAGCAACAGUCGCCGUACUUCCCACCUGAGCAUGUCAUUCCCGCCGGAGAUGCUCCAUACGAAGUUCCACAGCGAGCGUUGGUAGUGACCUUGACCUUUGUGCCAGUAGCAGAAGGUGCUGUCGACGGAGCUGUUCUGGUCGAGGUAGAUGUACUGAUGCGGCUUGACACUGUCGAAGUACGCGCUGGCGCGACGACGCCGUUACAAGUACCAAACGACGACUGA